AUGUUUACAGCAGUUUCUAUGUUGCAGAGAUCGUGGAAAGAAAAAAGAACUGACUGCUCGACAAACAUCAUGAAAUCAUAUUCCCUUGAACUUCACUCUCUUGCAACAAAGAUGGCUGGAACUCUGACUUUUCUUCUCGUUAGUUCUCAGCUGCAGGGUGCGCUGUGCAGAACAUUCAACAUUGAAAUGCCACAGAAGAUAAAUGUUUUGAGAGGAUCCUGUGUGACCAUCCCCUGCUCCUUCGAUGUAGAGAGGAGAUUUGAAAAUAACUUAGAUGACUCAUGUAAAGCAUAUUGGAGUGAUUCACCUUCAUUUACCACUGAAAAUGCAAAACUAAAGCCAACUAAAGAGAUGACAGGAGACUUAACAAAGAAAGACUGCACCACAACUUUCAAUAAUGCAAGUUAUCUUCAAAGUGCUAAAUACUAUUUCAGACUGGAGUGUAAUAAUGGACUGAAAUACACAUUUAAACAAACUGGU